GCAGCAUGCCUGCCGCAAUGCCCCAUGGGAGUUGUAGUUCCUCUAUUCCCUUCUUUAAAAGGCUGAUGCAUCACUGAGCUUCCAGGGAGCGAAGGGCAUUGGCUGCAAGCAGCUGUUUUGCAAAAGAGUGGAAACCCUGCAAAGGAGAGCCCAGGUUUGGAUGCCGGUCCCAUUGCAGAGAGCCCUUCUGGUGGGUCUCAGCGGGACACAUCUGGGGAGCCACAGCUGGCGGCGUUUGGGGUCCAGGGGGGUUUCCCGUCUCUGCGGUGGAGCCAUGAGGCUGGUCCAGUUCCACGCCAAGGACUCAGCGGCCGAGCCCCGGAUUGGUCUGGAGGAGAAAGACGGAGGAGACGUGGUGGACCUCAACGCUUUCGACCCAUCUUUGCCCAGGACCAUGCGGGCAUUUCUGGAGGAAGGAGAGGAGGCACUUGCGGCGGCUAAAAGAGCACAGGAGUCUGGCCAGCAUCGCCUGCCCCGUUCCCAAGUGACCCUCAGGGCUCCCAUCACAAACCCAGACAAAGUGAUCUGCGUUGGGAUGAACUACGUGGACCAUUGCCUGGAGCAGAACGUGAAGAUCCCCAAGGAGCCCAUCAUCUUCAGCAAGUUCUCCAGCUCCAUCGUGGGACCCUUUGACCAGAUCCUCCACCCGGCAGAGAGCAGCGAAGUGGACUGGGAAGUGGAGCUUGCCUUUGUCAUUGGGAAGAAAGGGAAGCACAUCCAGGAGUCGGAUGCCAUGGACCACGUCGCGGGGUUUACCGUUGCCCAUGAUGUGAGCGCCCGGGACUGGCAGAUGAAAAGGAACGGAAAGCAGUGGCUUCUGGGGAAAACCUUCGACACCUUUUGCCCACUGGGUCCCGCUCUUGUCACCAAGGACGCUGUGUCAGAUCCGCACAACCUGGGAAUCCGCUGCCGAGUGAAUGGAGAGCUGGUCCAGAACAGCAACACCAACCAGAUGAUUUUCAAGACAGAGGCACUGGUCGCAUGGGUCUCCCAGUUUGUCACCUUGUACCCAGGCGAUGUCUUCCUCACGGGGACUCCACCGGGUGUUGGGGUUUUCCGAAAGCCACCCAUCUUCCUCAAGAAAGGGGACGAAGUGGAAUGCGAAAUCGAUCAACUGGGAACCAUCCGAAACAAGGUGGCAUGAAGAUGUCUUGCUCUGUCGCUUCAGCAGGUGGCUGGUUAGUUGCUGCACAGCUAUGGCUACAAAAAUGGACUGCUUUCGUUGAUUCCAAUCACAAGCAUGGAUUAAGGAAAUUUUAGAAUCAAGUUCCUUGGGAUUGGCACCGAUGAGAUUCCUCCUGUCAAUAGUCACGAGAAACCUGGUAGUUCCAGCACUAUUGGAUAGGGAAAAGUGAGUAGAGAUCUGAGUGUGUACAGUCGUGCGUAUUACUGUUGUGUCUUUUCAUCUUCUGAAUGCACAUUAACAGGAAGAUGUUUGUUUGCGGUGCAGAACUUUUGUGUGGGAGACUUUCCCUUUAAACUCUCUAGAUUGUUAAAUCAGAAUAAAGCAGCUAUUAAACUCA